AUGGGAGCCAUCUACAAAGAAACCGACUACUGCGAGUCAAUCUUAUUGGUGUACUGCUCGGACAACGACACACCGGAUACGUUCUUCCCAGCAGAUCCACGUCUCGUGCAGGCUCAUCGCGAUUCACAGAACGAGCCGAAGCAGCCACCAACUCCACCAGUAUCGCCAGUUUCUGGAAUCACGACUCCAUCUACUACUGCUAUUCCAGGGGAUAUUUGGGAGCAAGACAGAUCACAAACUCCAUCACCAACGUUUGAUAUCCCAAUGUUCAAUGAUAUGGCUAUCACCGAGAAUGACAAAAACAGGAUCAUCGAAUCACAAAUGAAUGUACAGGUCGACUCGCCAACGCAUCACGAAAUCGGCCAGAACAACAACGGUAAUUGGUUGAAAACUUAA